AUGCUACGCUCCCCAGACGCGGUCCGCGAGUACCUGGCUGAAGCUGUGUCCUUCCAGGCCAAGUCGAGCAUCGCCUUACCUACGCUGGCUCACAAGUUCAUCGCUCAAUUCAGUUCGACUGGUCAGCUGGUGAGGGUGCACAGCCAGACUAUCGACGGGCUGGAAGAGAAGGCUGGACUCGCCUGCGGUUUUGAUGCUUCUGCCGUCUGCAUCCAGCUGCAUGAUUCCAUCCAUUCUUCACGUUGCUCUCUCUGCCUGUCCCGGCCUUUGCUUGGUACGGUUGCCCCCGGAAGCGAAUGCCUCCGUUGCGAAGAUAGGGCGAGAAAGAGGAAGUACGUAGGGAAACGGAAGUGCUCGAGCGGCACCCUCCUUCCUGAUGUUCGCCUCUACAACGAAGUUCGUCCAGAGGGUGGUUCGGUUGCAGAGGCAGUACGCCAUGAUCUUGAACCGCAGCCGGACGUUCUGUUGAUUAUGGUGACAAGCCUGAGUGUGCCGGGAGUCAGGGAGCUGGUCAGAGUCAUGGGAAGUGCCGUUCGUGCCAGCGGCGGGAGAACGGUGCUGGUCAACAGGAAGCCGCCUCCAACCGCGUUCCAAGGUUUGAUUGAUGAGUGGGUGGCUACGGAUUGCGAUAAGUGGGUGGAGGACCAGCUGUGUUGA